ACCCGCAUAAGCGUUCAACUAGCUUUCGUAAUUGUUAUCGCUUCCACGAAUAAUCAGAUCCAAAACGAAGACAAUAUAAAUUGUCAACGGACUGUCUACCGCACGCAGAUCUUGGUCGUGGUAUCUAUACAUGGGUCAUAUCCACGGUUUAAGAAAUCUUAAACCGUGUUCUUAACUUAAAAUGCAUUCUGUGCACAUGUUAUCACCGUUUGUUGCUUGAUAAAAACAGUCACGUGCAAUUGUAUAUCCGAAUAGUGUAACCGUUUAUACCUUUUAUUUUGUCACAGUGUCCAUUCAUUUGACGUCUCUUGAUUCUUGUUUCAUGGGUGCCAUUUCUGAUUCAAUUACAAUGGUGUACUGACAAGGGUGAACAUUAAUUUGGAAUUAUGUUUUUAAUUUUGUCUGUUUUAUGAUUUAGUUUUUGCUUUUAUUACGUUUAUCUGUCGCAAUGAAUCGAACACGGUUUCCUUGUUGCAGCCGAUGUAAAAUUAAUUACAAUAUUGGAGAUUCCAAUAAAUUCAAAAUUCCCAUGUUAUUAAACUGUGGACAUGAUUUAUGUAAAGGUUGCCUAAAUUAUCAAUUUAAGAAAGAUAAGAAAGUUAUAUGUGAUGUUUGCAAUGCUGACUGCAAAAUUAAAAAUAAUGAGCAGUUAUAUGAAACACCCAUACAUUAUUAUUUAGUUGGUAAAGUAUGGUACUUAAUGUCCCAUAAAAAAAAAGAUAUUUUACGUGAAAUUUGUAACUUGAAGAUGGACAAUUUAAUAAGCGAAUCUUCAAAAAAAGUUAAAAAAAAUUGCCAACUGUGUCACAAGUUUGCAAACACUUUUUGUGUACAAUGUAAUGAUGUGUUUUGUGAAGUUUGUUUUGAUAAGGUUCAUAUGGACAAUCCAAUUAUGUAUAAUCAUGAUGUAGAAAAAAUAGAUAACAUUCAUCCCGAACUUCCUCUAGAAUCCAAAUGUGAUUUACAUUUUAAAUUAAUUGAAUAUUUUUGUGUAAAAUGUCAAUUACAAUUAUGUUCAGUGUGUAUUGUUAAUGGUCAUCAACAACAUGAUAUUCAAUCUUUGAAAGAAUAUAGUAAGAACAAUAUGAAACGUUUAAAUGAAUAUACAUUAAAAGGUGACAUUUUAAUAAGAAACUUAAAACGUUAUAGAAAUAUUCCUAAUGUGACCCUUCAAAAUAUUAAUCGGUGACCACUGAUCUAUACU